AUGGCAGACCUCGAGUCGGGCAGUAACCGGUCCAAACUUGACAGCAAGACCGAGAUCCUCGAGAUUCGGGAAGUCACCGAGCUUGCACCCUCUCCCGAACGAUGGACUGCAAAGCUCUGUCGGAUUCUGGGAGUAGAGACUCAAGGCAUAGAGCGAGUGGGUGUCGAUUCGCGUCAGUCUGCUGGACCAGAUGAUUACACGCGGAUCUUCCUCCUCUGGCUGAACUCCUCCCUCACAGCCAACAACAUCCUGGUGGGACUGUAUGGGCCUUCCCGCUAUGGCUUGGACCUGGCCACCGCAUCCGUAAUCGGCGUCUUUGGGUGUGUUCUCGGCAGUAUCGGGGUGGCCUACAUGAGCACCUGGGGACCGCGCAGUGGCCAUCGCACACUGGUGGUGACGCGAUACUUCCUCGGAUACUACCCAAGCAAAAUCUGCUGUUUCCUCAACAUCCUGACGAUGUUGGGCUACGGCAUGGUCAACUGCAUCCUGGGCGGGCAGAUCAUCUUCACCAUCUCCAAUGGCCGGACCGCCGUCCCCGUCGGCAUUGUGGUCGUCGCCGUCCUGACCUGGUGCAUUGCCACCUUCGGCAUGAACCUUUUCCACCUCUACUCGCGCUACGCGUGGAUCCUCGCCCUCUCCGUCCUCUGUAUCAUGCUCGGCUGCGCCGGUCCCUCCUUCAACCCAGCAGCCCAUCUCGCCCCAGACCUCCCCGCCGACACCCCCGCGCACCGCCUCUCUUUCUUCUCCCUCUGCUUCGCCUCCGCCAUCAGCUGGACCCCCUCCAGCGCAGACUACUUCGUCUACUUCCCCGCCAGCACCCGCACCACCCGCAUGUUCCUCGCUGCCACCGCCGGCAUAAGCAUCGCCAUGGUCCUCACCACAACCCUCGGCAUCGGCCUCGCCACAGCCCUCUACACCAACCCAGCCUGGAUGGCCGCCUCCCAAGGCGGCCUGCUCGCCCUCUCCUUCGCCGGCCUCCGCGGCUUCGGCUCCCUCUGCGCCGCCCUGCUGCUCCUCACCGCCGUCUCAAACAACAUCCCCGCCACCUACACCGCCGGCCUCAACCUGCAGAUGCUCGGCAAGCUCGGCCCCCGCCUCCCCCGCCCCCUCCUCACCUCCCUCGAGGUCCUCGCCUACACCGUCGCCGCCGUCGUCGCCCGCGACUACCUCCAAGACAUCAUGGAGGACUUCCUCCCCCUCAUGAGCUACUGGAUCGUCGCCUGGUUCGCCAUCGUCCUCGAGGAGCUGCUGCUGCGCGUGUACCGCGCCAAGCGCGCGUAUGACUGGGACGCUUGGGACGAUGCGGCCCGGUUGCCUGGUGGGUGGGCUGCCGGCGCAAGUCUGGCCGCGGGUUGUCUAGGCGCGAUUCUGGGAAUGGAUCAAUCGUUCUAUACGGGCCCUGUGGCGCGGUAUCUGGACGGAGCUGACCUGGGGAUGUGGCUGGCGUUCAUCUUUGCUGUUGUGGUAUAUCCGCCUCUGCGGAUUGUAGAGAUACGGUUUCUAGGAAGGUGA